AUGCCUUCUUCAAGUUUGUUUGUGUCUCAUCAUUUUAGCGACAAGCCUUUGUAGCUUUUGCCCCAUAAACGGACCAAUGUGGUAAAUCUGUGCCAUGCUACCCACACACAACCCAGAAUUCCUCCAAUGACACUGACGAGGGGCUAACGCUCGAAACGUCAGCUUUUGAACUCUACUCUACUAACUUAGCAUGCUAAACUCGUUUGUAAAUCCAUUGAUCUACUGCUGGAGGCAAAAAGAAACGAGAAAGCACGUUCCUACACCUUGUACAAGAAGAACCCAGGUUGUGCAUCCUGUCAUCCAGCAAAGAAGGAGACUAAUUUAUGGGAGAAAGACUGAAAAAAGGUCCUUGUCGUUAGUUUAUGUGACAAUGUAUUUUUGUUAGGAGAGUUAAUUCGUUUAUUGCGCGCAAAAUCUGAUUCUUAAAAAGACUAUUUGAACUCACAGAAAAUCUUUGCAAGAAGGGUAUAUUUUUAGUAAUAAGCCUCACUAAAAAGGCGAUUUCUUUUUAGCAAAAAGAGCUACACUGAAUGAUUCUCAGUUCGAAGAAAGUAAUGAUUGCAAUUUUUCGUCCCUGUCUAAUGAACUACAAAGGAAUUAGGCACAAUUGAAUUGAAAUCUCUCAAUGAUUUCAUCAAACAUAUAAAGCAUUGACAAUCCUGAAGGACUUGUAUUGACAUCGUCAUAUUAAACGUUGUUCAAUUACGUUCUUCGGGGCUGAAACUAAACUCGGAUAAGGCUUAUCCGAGUUCAAAUUGACUUAGGGAGUAUACCUCCUUUAGUCAAUGCACGACCUGGUCCUCAUUCUCGAUACAAACUUCCUCAUCAAUUGUUUACUCCAAAAGUAAAUCAUUGGGUUAACUAGCGCGUUUAAAAUUUCCCUUUUUUCCACAUUUGUUCCCUGAUUGAGAAAAUAUCAUGUCUUAAGCGCCCUGUUUUCUUCCUUCAUCUUUCCACUUCUUUUUGGUCGGUUCCUGUGCUUUUAUCUUCCUUUGUUUCUGUUAUGCGAAGUCGUCCACCGAACAAGAACAACUGGUUGUAGAUGCUAAAAGUGUCCUCAACCAAAUUCAUUGGGAACUUUUCGGCUCCGUUCAAAUCUUGCGCACGCUUUGUGUUUAGUAGUCAAUCGCUGAGAAAAAGUAACGCUGUGAUGUAAAAAGGCCACAAUAAUUCUGGCCAUGCAUGCUUUAAAUGGCAUCUUGUGCGAAGGGGCAGGUGAUAACAAAGUUAUCUCGACAUGAAGAGUUUUCAGAUCUUAUGCGAUCAUGAUUGACGCUAUAUUUCUUUUCUAUAUAUCAUAAUGUGUUUAAAGAGACAGAUAAGAACUUCCUGAUGUGUUUUCAAUCUUUGAAAUAAUGAUAAAAAAACCGACAACAAAAACCUCUGAUAGGCUCAGUAAGGUAGUUUCUCUAUUUUAUGAUGCAAAAAUUUAACAACCGUCCUCAAGCGCGCUUAACAUGUAUUCUUAUUUUUGUUUUUUUCAAUCUCUUGUCCUGUUUUACGAGAUGUGUUGUGGAAGAAACAUGCGUUUGGCUCAUGAACGUCAUACAAAGUGUAAAGCUAUGGCAUCGAACAUAAGAUGGGUGUCAAUUAAAUUGAUAUAUUUAAUGAAAAUCUUCGUGAACAAACUUAAAGAAGAGAGCUUAAACUCGCAAAUAAUCUUGACAAUGAUUACAAUCUUAACCUUAAGAUCUUAAAGCUUUACGCUGCCUUUUCCCUUUUCGUGCAAGAAUAAUAAUCUGUUGAAAACAUUAAUUUUAGAUAUAGAUCAGAAAAAAAAACAGCAAUAUAAGUCAAGAGUUCAUCCCAAAGACUUAGUUGACUUACAAUAAUCUACCAACUCGACAUGGUGAAUUUUUCUUUGGCUAGUUUUAGAACCGCUUUCAGACUAAUAAACAGAUAUCUCAUGCCCCAUUUUAUAUUUACAGAUGUAUCCGCUAAUUUGCCGAUAAUUUUCUAAAACAGAAUCAAUAUAUUUGAAUAAUCAAAAAUACAAAAAUCAGAAUCAGGAGGUGAGUCUCAUAAAUUGUUGAAUGCCUCAUUAGUAGUGCUGUUAGCUUCAUGAAGAGUUUCAUCUGUGGUAGGGAAAGUACAUCGUAAAGCAUUUGCGCUAUUGAACAAAUCUCUCGAGAUAAUUUCCCCCUUCAAUAUUGCCACGAUAACAUUAUUAAAAUAUUGCUGAUAGCAUUUUCGAAAAUGUAUGAUUGUUUAUCAGAUAUGCAUACCAUUAAUUAUAAUACGGCAGAUAUGGGAGAUCCGUGCGUCGGGUUUUGUGACGAAUUGAUCAUGAACUACAUUCGAUUUUGGUUGGGCUGAUAUGUCAUGAAACUCUCUUAUUACUAUUAGUUUUAUAGCCAUUCCCAACAGAUGUUGGAGUUUCAAACGACAUGAAUCUAACACUUUGCAUAGGGAUGCAAAGCAAAGUACUUAGUGCGACAACGACCAAAUUUUCAAUAAUUUGAAAUUAGCAGACUGGAAUUCAGACUUCGGAACUGACCUUCAGAAUGCAUUUUGUAUUUCAACUAUGGAGAAACUGAAAUUGGUCCGUAAACUUAAAUAAAAAUAAUUGGGCAGUAAAAUUAAAUAAAAAUAAGUCGUUAAAUCUUUAAACCACGAUAAACAAACGGCUGUGGUCAUACACAAUUGAAACAAGAAACUUAGAACUGAAUUGAUCCUACAAUUAGAAAUUGAAAUACGUGAGAAAAUAUCAAGUUAAACCACAAGCACACUAAAAUGGAGCUAGUGGAUCAAACGUCCGGAAAACAUUUAAAAUGCAGCGAAAUGAUACAAACUGUGCGGUCGAUAUCAAUAACGUAUCCAACUCAACACAACAAACUUUUUCGAGUUUCAUUUGCGAACGUUAUAACGAUGACCAGCAUAGAAAGCGACACAGUAAUUUCUCCACCAGAGGUUAAUUACAUUAUCAGUAUUAGCAUUAACAGCAUCGUCUGUCCUUUUACAGUUCUGCUCAACGUUCUGGUAAUUUUAGUCAUCAAAAAAAGAACACGACUUCGAACUAACAGCAACAUCUUGCUGGCCUGUUUAGCAGUUACUGACGCAUUGACUGGUCUCUUUGGCCAACCGUUAUAUGUCUUGUGGAGGAUAUUCCUAUUAUUUGGCCUCAGUAACAGUGAAAUACUUGAAAAUGUUUGUGUCUGUGUUAUGACUACACUUUCGUCUGCUUCAUACCUUCAUCUGAUGUUGGUUACUUUCGAGAGGCUCGUAGCGAUCAAAUAUGCGAUGCGCUAUUCAAACGUUGUAACUAAUAACAACCUGAAGAUAGCGGUGUUAGCAAUUUGGAUCAUUAGUUUCGUAUGUGGUACUUUAUGUGUGUUAAAAAUGUACCUAGCUUUGAAUUAUAUCGGAAGCCUCAUCUCAAUUUCAUGUAUCGUGCUCGUUGGCUUCGCAUAUGUGACUUUGUAUCAUGAAACCCGCCGCCAUCGAAUGAAGAUAAAAACACAGCAACUGCCCCAAGAAGAAGUGGAAAGAUCUACUAAAGAAAACAAAGCGCUGAAGACAACAGUGUUUGUAGUUAGUGCUGUUAUUGUGAGCCUUCUUCCAGCUGGUUUCUGUCUCAUCGGUUCAGCUACAGACCUUUUUGAUACUUGCCCAAUCGAUGAAUCAAUCUGGCAAACUUGCAGCGUGUUAAACUCGUUUGUUAAUCCACUGAUCUACUGCUGGAGACAAAACGAAAUGAGGAAGCUCGUAUUUAGAAAAGUGAAAUAG